CUAAGGGAAAGCGUACUUGGCACUGAUCCCUCCUUUCAGUAAAGACUGCAGUUUACAUUAGGCAGCAAUUUUUGUUUUAAUCAGGGGGAUGAAUGUGUCAUAAAUAGUUCGCUUUUAUAGAGGGUAGUGGAUGCAUGUUUAGCAAUGCGAUGAGGCCAGUGCACUUUGCAAGACUUGCGCUGCAGAGAGCCUCCGCGGAUCCCACGACCUGUUGCUGACAAGCCGGGGGAAAGGAGAGGGGGAGCCGCUCGGGAGAGACAGAGGUUACUGCCUUGGAGACGACAGCCUGGGUUUCUUCGCGGAGGAAAUCAUGCAGUUUGCUAUCUGGCUGGUUGGACUUAUGUGUCAUCUGUCAGCGCUUGUCCGAGAAACUUUGCAACACCGCUUGCACCCGAAACAAGAAAGCUUCAUCAAACAGCUGUCAUCGUAUGAAAUCAUCACUCCGCUCCGCGUCAAUGACUUUGGAGAAUCAUUCCCUCACAAAUUGCACUACAGAAGGAGACGGAGAAGUUUAAAUGAUGACCUGUCGGGUUUACGGGUUCACUACAGGAUUGAUGCAUUUGGGGAACGCUUUCAUCUCAAUCUGACCGCCGACUCCGGCUUCAUUGCCCCCUCGUACACAGUGACACACUUGGGAGUGGAACAGAGCAACGGCACGGACAUCCCCUUCAAUGACCCGAGCGAAAUGCGCCACUGCUUUUUCCGCGGACAUGUCAACGCCAAGAGCGAGUUCCCUGCAGUCUUCAGCAUGUGCACUGGCCUUGUUGGAACAUUUACGACACAAUAUGGUGAAUACUUCAUGGAACCUCUUUUAAACGCUGAGGGGGAGGAAUAUGACGAAGAGCACAACAAACCUCAUCUUGUUUAUCGACAGGAGAGGAAGAACAUCUCGCAUACGCACAACAACACAGAGCCCUGUGCUGCCUCAGAGAAAUCCAAGACGCCGGUUGCUUUUGAGAGCAAUGGGAUUAUGGGAGAGGAGCUGGAUUCUCUCAAAGCCACCAUAGCUGAUCAACACAUUUAUGACAGCAACUCCACCAACACACACGCCGAUUCCCAUCGCAGACGCAAGCGCUUCCUCUCUUACCCUCGCUACGUUGAGUUGAUGGUGACAGCUGAUGCCAAAAUGGUGCGCCAUCAUGGACGCAACCUCGAGCACUACAUCCUAACAAUCAUGUCAGUAGUAGCAGCAGUGUACCGGGACCCCAGCGUAGGAAACCUCAUCAACAUCAUGAUUGUCAAGCUAGUCGUCGUCCACAAUGAACAGGAAGGGCCUACAGUUAGCUUUAAUGCUGCCACCACUCUCCACAACUUCUGCGUCUGGCAGCAGACCCAAAACAUCCAGGAUGACAGCCAUCCCUCUCACCAUGACACAUCACUCCUCAUCACCAGGGAAGACAUCUGCCGUGCGAAAGAUAAAUGUGACACAUUAGGGCUUGCAGAGCUGGGGACCAUGUGCGACCAAUACCGGAGCUGCUCCAUCAGUGAGGAAAAUGGAAUUAGUGCCUCCUUCACCAUCGCUCAUGAGCUGGGCCAUGUGUUCAACAUGCCUCACGAUGACAACCCAAAGUGUCGGGAGGCGGGCAUGAAGCACCAGUAUCAUGUAAUGGCUCCCACCCUCAACUAUGACACCAAUCCCUGGUCGUGGUCCAAGUGCAGCCGCAAGUACAUCACAGAGUUUCUAGACACCGGGUAUGGUGAGUGCCUUCUCGAUGAGCCUGUGAGUAGGACGUAUGAGCUGCCCACCCUGCUCCCAGGUCAGAUCUACAACGCCAACAGGCAAUGUGAACUGAUGUUUGGACCUGGUUCCCAAAUAUGCCCUUACAUGAAACAGUGCAAGAGGCUGUGGUGUACCAGUGCAGAGGGGGACCAUAAAGGGUGUCGCACACAGCACAUGCCCCUGGCUGAUGGGACUGACUGUGGGCAUGGAAUGUACUGCAGACACGGGAUGUGUGUGAACAAGGAGUUGGACCUGCAGCCAGUCCAUGGGGAGUGGGGUCUUUGGGGGCCCUACAGUGUUUGCUCCAGGUCCUGUGGUGGAGGAACCCGGAGCAACACCAGAGACUGCAACAAGCCUGAGCCCAGAAAUGGCGGGAAGUUCUGUGUGGGUCGCAGGAUGAAGUUCCGCUCUUGCAACACUGAGCCAUGUCCGAGAGGUCAGAAAGAUUUCCGCGAAGAGCAGUGCUCUCUUUUUGACGGCAAGCACUUCAACAUCAACGGUCUACCUCCAACCGUCCGCUGGAUCCCCAAGUACAGUGGCAUACUAAUGAAGGAUCGCUGUAAGCUCUUCUGCCGGGUUGCUGGGACUACAGCGUAUUAUCAGCUGAAGGACCGCGUCACCGACGGCACGCCGUGUGGGCCAGACACUUACGACAUCUGUGUUCAAGGCCUCUGCAGGCAAGCCGGCUGCGACCACGUUCUCAACUCGAAAGCCAGGAAUGAUAAGUGCGGAGUGUGUGGCGGAGACAACUCCUCGUGUAAAACCUUGGCAGGGACCUUCAACGAUGCUCAGUAUGGUUACAACACAGUGGUGCGGAUCCCAGCCGGAGCCACCAACAUUGAUAUCAAACAGGUCAGCUACUCUGGAAAGCCAGAGGAUGACAACUACCUCGCGUUAUCUGACGGCCAGUCCAACUCACUCCUGAAUGGGAACUUUGUGGUGGCCAUGUUUAAAAGGGAAAUCAACUUCAAGGGAAGCGUCAUCGACUACAGCGGCUCGGACACAAAAGUGGAGCGCAUCAACUGCACUGACCGCAUCGAUGAGGAGCUCGUUCUGCAGGUCUUGUGUGUGGGAAACCUCUACAACCCAGAUGUCCGUUACUCCUUCAACAUACCCAUCGAGGAACACAAGGAGCAGUUUGUGUGGGACCCCUCGGGCUCCUGGCUCGAGUGCAACCGCAUCUGUCAGGGCCAGCGAAGACGUAAAGCGGUAUGCGUGCGUAAGAGUGAUCACCUCGAGGUUUCAGACCAACGCUGUGAAGAUUUACCUCGACCUGUUGCUGUUGCUGAGCCCUGCAACACUGACUGUGAAGUCAGGUGGCAUGUCGCUGGAAAGAGCGAAUGUUCUGCAAAAUGUGGCCCAGGUUACCGCAGCCUGGACGUUCAGUGUAUGAAAUACGUCCUGAUGAAGAGACAGAGUGAGAGGAUGGAGGCCAGCGCCUGUGGAGACACCGCCAAACCUCAGACCAGAGAGCCCUGCCAUGGGGACUGUCUGCUGAAGAGCUGGCAGUACAGCGCCUGGUCACAGUGCUCUAAGACAUGUGGUCGUGGGAGCCGCAGCAGAGAGUCUUACUGCAUGAACAACCUGGGCAGGAGGCUGGCAGACCGGGACUGUAAUGAAUACCAGAGGGUGGUCACUGAAACCUGCAGCGACCAGCCGUGUCCGAAGUGGACUGUUAGCGAGUGGAGUGAGUGCCUGGUGACUUGUGGGAAGGGGAUGAGACACAGACAAGUGUCCUGCACCUCGGGGACUGGGGACGAGAAGAUGAGCGAGCACUUCUGCGACCCCUCCAGCAAACCCCCUGCUGUGGGGAGCUGCGAGCUGCCGGAGUGUGCGUCCUGGCAGGUCGGCGUAUGGGGAACGUGUACGGUGACCUGUGGCCAUGGCUACCAGAUGAGAGCUGUUAGGUGUGUGUCCGGGACCUAUGGUGACACGGUAGACGACAGAGAGUGCAACGCCGCGGCAAGGCCAAGAGACAGUCAGGAUUGUGAGAUGCCGGCGUGUCCGUGGGACUCUCCGGUGCAAAGCACGCCUCGCCCCGACAACUCCGCGCAGCUGCUGACUCAGUGGAGAUACGGCUCCUGGACUGCGUGCUCGGUGUCCUGCGGCAAGGGGAAGCGUGCGCGUUACGUCAGCUGCAGAGACGCCCAGGGAGGAGUCGCCGACGAGUCCAACUGCGCCCACCUGCCCCGGCCCCCCGAGUCCUCCGCCUGCUUCAGCCCCUGUGGCCAAUGGCGUGCCGGGGAGUGGUCUGCUUGUUCAGUGUCCUGUGACGCUGGAAGAACCACAAGGCAGGUGGUCUGCUCUAACUACCACCAGCCUGUGGACCAGUCUUUCUGUGACCCCGAUGAGAAACCUGCAACAGAACAAGAGUGUACCGGUGCACCUUGCCCCCCCCCCUACAACCGCCAGCGCAUCAACGACCAGCCCUACGGAUAUCCCCAGGACCCAGGACGCCACCCCGGGCACAGCAGCUGGAACGUGCCCUCAGCCGACAACCAGUGGAGGACCGGACCCUGGGGCGCAUGUUCGAGUACCUGUGCAGGGGGCUUCCAGAGGCGAGUGGUGGUCUGUCAGGACGCUGAUGGACGCAGCAACAGUUACUGCGAUGAGAGGGUCAAACCUGCCGAGUCAAAGAGCUGCGACUCUGGACCCUGCCCGCUGUGGAACUACGGAGUAUGGGGAGAGUGCACUCAGACCUGCGGUGGAGGACGGAGGACUCGCCUGGUGGUUUGUCAGAGGCCCAGCGGCCAGAGGCUCAACGACUACAACUGUGACAUCCUGGACAAGCCCCCCGACAUGGAGCAGUGCAGCCUGCAGCCCUGCCCAGGCUCCGCCUCCUGGCACCGCCGACCCUGGAAGCCGUGUUCAGUGAGUUGCGGUCGGGGGACCAAGCAGCGGGAGAUAGCCUGUGUUUAUCAGAACCAAACCAAAAUAGAGGAGGAACACUGCGGUCAUCUUCCUCAGCCGCGGACAGAGAAGGCCUGUCGGGCGCAGGGAUGCCCCAGCUGGAAGGCCAACAGGUGGAGGGAGUGCUCCGUCACUUGUGGAGUGGGAUCUCAGAACCGAGAUGUUUACUGCAGACUGAAAGGCACUGGGCGAGUCAGAGAGGAUCUAUGUGAUGCUCAGCAGCGUCUUGCCAUUGUCCAGCCAUGCCAAUCUGCAGAAUGCACACAUUACACUUGGGUCGCUGGUGAAUGGGAAGACUGCAAUGCAACGUGUGGAGAAGGCAUGAGAAGCAGGAAGGUGGGGUGCAUGGGCGCAGCGAUGACCCCCGUCCAGGACGACUACUGUGAGCCAUCGUCCCAGCCAGCAUCACACCAGGCCUGCAAAGCAGCUCCGUGCCACUACAUGUGGACUUCAGGGCAAUGGUCACAGUGCUCGUCCAGCUGUGGUGUGGGGUACCAGCAGCGUAUGGUCUCCUGCUCUGUGGUGCCCUCCUCUCAGGCUCUGCGCUCGUAUGCUGCUGCCCAGUCCUCCUCCGCCAGCCCCCACUGCCCCGAGCCCCACCCUCCUGGCUCCAGGCCUUGCCUCCUCAGGGACUGCCCGCACACAACCUACUGGAAAGUUGGCCAGUGGAGCAAGUGCUCACAGACCUGUGGGGCAGGAGUUAUGGAGCGCAGAGUGGAGUGUAUGACCUCCAAAGGCCAUGCGUCCAAACACUGCCAUCCUUCAGAAAGACCUGAGUCUCAAGCUGCUUGUCGAGACAGAGAAUGCCAGUCGUUCGCUUCCUGCCGUGAGGUCCAGAUGAGACUAGGUGUGAAGAUAGAUGGGGAGUACUAUCUCAAAGUCAAGUCCCGGAUCCUACAGAUUUACUGCGCUGAGAUGCACACUGAUUUCCCCAAGGAGUUUGUGACCUUGCGCAGCGGUCAGACGGACAACUACUCCGAGGUGUACGGGCACAGGUUGCUGAACCCCUUUGAAUGUCCGUAUAACGGCAGCCGAAGACAGGACUGCGACUGCAGGAACGACUACUCAGCAGCGGGAUACACACUUUUCCACAAAGUUCGUCUGGACCUGAGCUCCCUGAGGAUAAUGAUCACAGACCUCCAGUUUUCCCAGACUCUUCUUGGUCGACCUGUGCCCUUCGCUACAGCUGGAGAUUGUUAUAGUGCAGCCAAGUGUCCACAGGGCCAGUUCAGCAUUAAUCUGAUCGGCACUGGUCUCAAAGUGGCUGAGGCCACCAAGUGGACAUCACAGGGCAACUAUGUGUCCGUCAAAGUCCACAGAUCUGAGGACGGAGCAAGAAUCUACGGCCGCUGCGGUGGCUUCUGUGGGAAGUGCAUUCCCCAGGCUCACAACGGCCUACUCCUUCAGGUCCACUGAGGGCCACGCACAGACCAAACCCCUACAUCUAUCCCGACGACAGGAGCCCGGGAACAUUCGAUAACAGUGAUUUGUUGGACCCUGUCGUCUUCUGUCAGUGUGAUGGAGGAGCAUUUAACAGCAUCUUAUAGUAACAGCCCCAGUUCCCAAAUGGCAGCUAAAGCAUACAAGACACUACGUACUGUGCAGUACUAGAGGGCCACCAUAAGGUCCUUCAUCCAAACUGAUCACCCUGAAGAAGAGCAUGCUAACCAAGUUGCAAUGGCUACAAAACAUGCCUGCGCUUCUGAACCUAAAAUGCUUGUUUCUUACACAGGUAUGCAUCGUACAAAGGGAUACAAAACUUUAAAUCACUGGGAAAACAACAGUUAAAACACAGAACACUUCAAGGAAGAACUUCUCAUCUUCUCCUCCCUCUCAAAACUCUGUUUCUUGCAGUUAUUCUGUGAAGUGAAUGAAGCGUAUUCUUUAAAGAAAAUGUCUGGUAAAAAACGUUCUAGUAUUUCGUCAUGAAGUGUUUUUACAGCUACACUGCAAGCCUUUAGUUACCAGCAAUGGUUGAGAAAGUGUACAAAUCCAUACACUUUAUGUCUCUUAUAAUCGUUGUAAUCUUCUGGUGACAAAGAAGUUUUACAGACAGACACUGAAAUAAUAUGCGAGGGGUGAGUGUAAUAUGUUCUACAGAGUGAAAGCAUGAUGAAAAAGAAACACUAAUGUUUUUAGACUACUGAAAGAGCUACACUGGAGAUUAUCUUGGCCUUACGACACGUUUAAAGGAAUAUUCUGGAAUGUUAUCAAAUCAACUUUAUGGUUGAGAGUUAGAUGAAAAGAUUGAUACCACUUGCAUGUCAUUAGAUUAGUGACAAUCUUCUCAUUUUACUCUUGUGAAGUGUAUUUCCCAAACUAUUGCUUUGGAGCUGAAGACUUAGCAAAAGAGUAAGCUAGCAACUAACUACUGAUGUGACCUACCUUGUAUCAAAGGUCAAACUGAGGAGCCUUGAGAUCAACUAUAGAUCAUUUUAGGUUUUAAUGUUGUGUAUUACUACAGUCUGUCUGUCGUCAUCUGUUGUCGGGUAUUUCACAAAACUACUUUAACCUGCAAAUGCAGUCCCUGACUUCUACAGAGAGAGAUCAAAAAGUGUUUUAUCUAGUGUUUAAGUACAGUGUAAAUCCUUUCUCUGGCUUUUUUAAACGAAGGGGAUUGUUUUAUUUUAAAUGUUUGUGUUUUUCUUUAACUACGCUACACAGACGAGUUCUCAUCUGUAACACCAUUAAACAGUAUCAGUGUGAUGUCUCACCUCACACCCUCCGUUGGGCCUACUGUAGGUACCUGCAAACCCUACCUCUCACAAACAUCCAUACUCGACUGAGAUAUGUGUUGUAAUAUAUUUAUGUUUGACCAUAUUUAUUCUGUAAUGACUGUAGAUACGUUUUAUGUUUUAAGGUACAAUGACUACUACCAACGGAGAAGCCAUUGUCUGAUGUGUUUGGUCCUUUGUCUGCUUUGCUUAAAGAGGUAUUAGCCUACUACUAUUUGUAGUGUAUAACCACUAACCUUAAAUGAGGAUCUUUCCAAUGGUGCUUUUGAACUACUGGAAUUACCUGGCUUUUGGCUGCAAAUGCAUGUAAUGGUUCUCAUUAAUAUAGCUGAAAAUCUAGCAGGAAGUUAUCCAGAUAUAUAAAAUAUAUCAGACAAACCACUGCACGAGAAAAUCUGCCCAUAACUCAUUAUGAAUGACUUUCACCAUGACUACUACAGCGAUCAAGUAACCUAACAUGAUGGUACUCCGAUGUUAAGCUUUAACCAAAGUUAGAAGAUAGACGCAGAUUUUUUUUUUCUCUGACAUAAUGCAGCUUCUUGUGAUUUAAGGAACAGCUGAAUAAGUAAAAGUAAAAAAAUAAGUCAAUGAGCAGCUAGAAAACCUUUGGCCAUCAUUCAUUUUUAUGAUGGGCAAUUGUUCUAUGAGGUCUGUAUCAGAAAUGUAAAGAAUACUUGAUGCACUAUGUGCCAUACAUUUUGUAGAAAUGUAAUCCUGUUUUGUUUUUUUAUAACCGUUAAGAUUUGUAACUUAUGAUAUAUAUGAUGUAUUUUUAAUAUUCAUACUUGAAUUGUAAACAGUGUGCUAAAUAUUGAAUGGGCAUUGGUACUGAAUAGAGAAACAGUGUGCUUGUUUGCUCUGCUUUAUCCAAAGAUGUUUUUAAAAUCAUGUGUACCUAUACAGUAUGUGUGUAGCCUGUAUAAAAGAAAUGAAUGGUUGAUUCUGGUGCUAUGCUUACUAAUCAUACCUAUACUGUAAGUCUUGCUACUAUACUAACAUGUUAAAAAAUAAGUAAUAAUAAAAAAAAUCACAAGUCCA